AUUUGUCAGACGUUGCUAGUCAGUCGUAGAUGUUUUCCGUUGAGUAUAGAUUUAUCAUAUUUCCGGAUUAUUGAAAUGUAGUGAUAAUGAUUUUAAGUAAUUUCCUCCUUUAAAUAAACGCCAAACGGAUGGAGUUUAAAAAGAGAUGACAUCUCCCGAACUUGAGGCGGAAGCCUCCAAAAUAUUCCAAAGGGAAUCAAUUGAAUUUGAAGACUUCAGAAGAUUUACUUUCAAGACAAGGUGCUUUGAUGGACAGUUCUGUAGUACUUAUACAGCAAGACUAUUGAUAUUGAAAGGCAUUCUCUUAGAGAAAGCGAAAUCGAAAUGGGGUCAUCUGUUAAAAGAUGGAUUGGGCAAACAGAGUAUAGUCAUAGGAUCACUGUAUAAACAUCAAGAAAUGAAGCCUUCGAUCCUAAAGGAGCUGAGCGAAGAACUACAAUUAUAUCCUCAACCUGUAAGAAGCAGUUAUUAUUCAAGCAAGGACCAAUUAUUUAUUGAAGAUGAAACUAUACGAAUGAAAUUAGUAGGAAAUCAUAUAAACGUAGAAGAAACAAUUACUGGAACCAUUUGCGCCAUUCUUGGACAUGAAACAGACGAGGGCUCAUUUUGGGUAGAAGAUUGGUGCCUUCCAGGAUGUCCUGCGCAAGCAUCGCCUUUAAGUGCUGCACCAAAAUGCAAAGGAAAAAUACUAUUCCUUUCAGGAUUAGAUUUAAACAGCUCCGCAGCCUGUCUGGCCAAAAAUCUUCUUAUAGAGUGGACCAGUGGAAUGUGCGGCAAUUCAAGAACACAAGCAUACCAGGCUUCCAUCGUCAGAGUAAUCAUUGCUGGAAAUAGUGUGCAAGGCUCAGCAGCACCUCGUUUCAGCAGAGGUCACGACGCAAGGAAAUCCCAAGAAUCGGUAGCUCAUGCGGAAAGUGCACUUGCAUCAAAUCGAUUCGAUUCAUUUCUCAGUCACCUAUUAAAUUGUUGUCCGGUUACUCUAAUGCCUGGAGAGUUCGAUCCAACCAACCACAUGAUACCGCAGCAGCCCUUGCAUCCCUGUAUACUACCAAAGUCGUCCAGAUUUAAAAGCCUGCACGGAGCGACGAAUCCUUGGAUAGGCCGCAUCGGUUCACGGAUUGUGGCUGGGUCAAGUGGUCAGCCGAUAAACGAUAUCAUGAAAGUGGCUAAUGUAACAGAGUCCUCACCUCUAUUCUGGUUGGAAAGAACUUUGACCUGUCGUCAUUUCUCGCCGACAUCACCAGACACGCUGUCAGAAUAUCCAUACUCCGGGGAGGAUCCCCUCGUCAUCCAGGAAUGUCCUGACAUAUACUUCACCGGCAACAUGGACAAGUACGAAACAAGGAUGUAUACAGGGGACGAAGGUCAGUCAGUGAGAUCGAUAUGUAUCCCAAAGUUCUCCACGACUCAAACAGCAGUAAUAGUCGACUUGGAGUCGUUGGAAGCUCGGCCUAUUUCCUUCGGGACGAGCUAACGAGAUCGCAGUCGCGUUUGCUCAUACGUUAUCGUUGUUACCGCGUGAUAUUUAUUUAAAUUAUCAUCUUCCCAAUUAUUCUUUAUCCAAAGGACGGAGAGUCAUCGACUUGUCUUAUCGAGCCGAUUAGGUAGUGCGAGGAGGGGGAUGAUAAGAAUCGAUCAAUUAGCUCGCACGGUUUGCAGUUCAA